UUAAUCAUUUAUACUCAACUUAUCAUCUUCUGAUCUUCAUCUUUACACCAUGAAGAUUUAUAUUCUGCUGGUCAUUGCUUCCUUCACAUUUUGUUUCCCUGAAAAAGUUGCUCCAAAUUCUACUUCUCCCCCGUAUAAUGCAAUUUUCAACUUUGGUGACUCUAUAAGUGACACUGGCAAUUUUCUUAAAUCAGGUGCCAUCACACAUCCAUUUAUCGGAAACCCUCCUUAUGGUCAAACCUAUUUUAAACAUGCAACCGGCCGUUGUUCAGAUGGACGACUAAUGAUUGAUUUUAUAGCUGAGGCAUAUGGGUUGCCAUUUUUACCACCCAAAUUGGCACUAACCAAAGACCAAAACAUUCAUACUGGAGUAAAUUUUGCCGUAGCUGGAGCCACAGCGCUUGAUUCAAAAUUCUUCGUCGAGGCAGGACUUGAUAAAUUUCUAUGGACAAAGGACUCAUUGAACAUUCAACUUGACUGGUUUAAGAAGCUGAAACCUUCCCUUUGCACCACCAAACAAGAUUGUGAUAGCUACUUCGGUCGCUCUCUCUUUCUGGUGGGGGAGAUAGGCGGUAACGAUAUCAACUAUCCUGCCUUUGCGGGAAAUAUUACUCAACUUCAAGCUACAAUUCGUCCCGCCGUUGAAGCAGUAAUAAAGGCGACCAAUGAUUUGAUAGCAGAAGGAGCAAGAGAGCUAUUGGUGCCAGGGAAUUUUCCAAUUGGAUGCUCUACGUUCUUCUUAACUUCAUAUAAAAGUGGGAACAAGGAGGACUACGAUGAAAGUGGAUGCUUGAAAGCUUUCAAUGGUUUUGCAGCAAACUAUAACAAGCAACUCAACCAAGCUUUGGAGACACUAAGGCAGAAGAAUCCUCAAGCAAGGAUAAUGUAUGCUGAUUAUUAUGGUGCUGCCAGUCGUUUCUUUCAUGCACCAGCUCUCUAUGGGUUUACUGAUGGGGCGUUGAAAGCAUGCUGUGGUGGAGUUGGACCCUACAAUUUCAAUUCGUCCACUUGGUGUGGUCAGAGUGGUUCAAAUGCAUGCCCAAAUGCGUCCACGUAUGUAAACUGGGACGGAAUUCAUUUGACAGAAGCAGCUUAUAGGUCCAUUGCCCAAGGUCUAGUUAACGGUCCAUUCUCAUCUCCUCCCCUCAAGACACCUCCCAUUAAGAUUUAGAGUUGAUGCUAGCUAUCAGCAAAUUUUCUCGCUUCGUCGAUCAAAAUCUAUAAUAGUAACCUCCUUGUAAUAAAAUGUUUGGCAGAUAUUAACAUAGUAAUGUCUGGAUUCUAGUAUAUAUAGUGGCUCAAAGCUUUUUACAAUAGAUUUGAUUCACAUUCAAAUGCAUAUAUGCAUGACCUGAACUUUCAAUAGCAAUUCUUUGUUGACUAGUACCAAGUGUAGCAUUUGGCUUCAAAUGAUGGGUGGAUGACUUGUUUUUGAAACUUUGAUGGAUUAUUAAGGAGAGAAAAAGGGUGCAGAAUCUACGUGAUAAAUUUUGCGCCUUGUAUCUGCACAGGGGGGACAAGAGUAAUUUUAUCAUUAUUCCUAAAGCUCCUAAUGUUCCUCCAUAAGUCUUCAUUAAUGUCUAUCUCGUAUUCUCAUUGUCU